AAGCCCAAAACUGUAAAACACUAGCUAUGUGCAUGAUAGAUUACGGUUCCUCCGAACUCAGGAAUCCUAGCUAGCCCUCUCCAUGCAUUUAAUAUAUAUUUCUUAUUAUUUGUUUAAUUAUAGCGUGCAUCCAAUCUACACUAGGGGUGCCACUUCCUCAACUUAUUAUAAAUACACAUUUUUUGAAGCUCAUCUUGCUCUACAUUGAGCUCCCGUUUGUAUUUCCUUUAAUCUUUCUUUGUACCUAUCUGCGUCAAGAGGGAAUUUUCUUUGAGUUAUUUUAAGACAGAAAUUAAUAUGGCGGGUUCUUCACCAUGUGCAUCCUGCAAACUACUAAGGCGCCGGUGCGCCAAAGACUGCAUCUUUGCCCCUUACUUCCCUUCUGAUGAUCCCCAUAAGUUUGCCAUUGUUCACAAGAUUUUUGGUGCAAGUAAUGUCAGCAAAAUGUUGCAGGAGAUUCCAAUUCAUCAGAGAGCAGAUGCUGUGGGUAGUCUAGUUUAUGAAGCGAAUGCAAGAGUGCGAGACCCGGUCUAUGGAUGUGUUGGUGCAAUAUCUUACUUACAAAAUCAAGUAUCACAGUUACAAAUGCAACUUGCAGUAGCUCAAGCAGAGAUACUAUGCAUCCAGAUGCAACAAGAGCCUAACUUACCAACCCAGCUAGAUCAAGAUGACAAGUCGCUUCUUUUAGCCAGCUGCAAUAACUUCAACAGCAUUCCUCAGUAUUUUAACUUUGCCUCUUCAAGCAAUGUAAUCCAAGACCCUCUUAAGAGAGAGUCUCUUUGGACCUAGGCACUCAAUCAUGUUUGUUGUUAAUGAAGUACCCUAUUGUUUCAA